AUGGACACGAGAGAUGUCCUUGUUUUAAAUCCUACUAGCUCUAAUCAAGUUGAUCCGGAUUAUUCACAAACAGAAAAAAGACUUGAGAAGUGGUUCUCAGAAAAUCCCUCCAAGACAAUUAUUGCUACUGGUUUCAUAGCUAGCACACCUCAAAAUAUUCAACAACAUCCUAGAAAAGUUAGUGAGGCUGUGAUACUGAAGACAUUGUCUUAUCAAGAAGCCUGGGAAAUGUCAUAUUUUGGGGCAAAUGUUUUACAUCCUCACACCAUCAUUCCAGUGAUGCAAUAUGGCAUUCCAAUUGUUAUAAGAAACAUCUUCAACCUUUCUGCGCCUGGAACGAUGAUCUGCAAGCCUUCUGGAGAGGAAAUUGAAGAUGGCUGGCUGUUGGAAUCUCCGGUUAAAGGAUUUGCGACAAUAGAUAAUUUGGCCCUUGUAAAUGUUGAGGGAACUGGAAUGCCUGGCGUUCCUGGUACAUCAAGUGCUAUUUUUGGUGCUGUGAAAGAUGUGGGAGCUAAUGUUAUCAUGAUAACCCAGACUAGUAGUGAGCAUUCUGUGUGCUUUGCUGUGCCUGAAAAGGAAGUAAAAGUUGUAGCUGAGGCUUUGGAAUCUAGAUUUCGCCAGGCUUUGGAUGCUGGCCGCCUUUCUCAGGUUGCGAUUAUUCCAAACUGUAGCAUUUUGGCAGCAGUUGGCCAGAAAAUGGCAAGCACUCCUGGAGUUAGUGCUACACUUUUCAAUGCACUUGCAAAGGCUAGUAUCAAUGUCCGUGCAAUUGCUCAAGGUUGCUCAGAGUAUAAUAUUACUGUAGUUGUUAAACGAGAAGAUUGCGUUAGGGCCUUACGAGCUGUGCACUCGAGAUUUUAUCUGUCACGAAAUUUCUUUCUGAGUCAUCCUUAA